AUGAGCCUGGGAUUUCUAUGUCUCUUUCUGGUUUGCAACACAGCUUUGUGCAUAAGAAGAGAAAAUAAGAAGGAGAAGCAGGUGGCGGUGCUGGCUACGGCAGAGCUGCCUGCGAAGUCCGUGGACCUGGCUGCUAUUAACCUGACGGAGCUGGUGAAUGGCAUGCUGAACACGGCACUCAGAGGUACCAAAAAACUCUUCUCUUUGCUGAGCAUCACGUCUUACAGCUCAUUUGCCUUCCACAAAGUGUCAGUCACCGUGUAUAACAUUUCUAAUGUAAAAAAUGUUGACCCUGGCAAGUUCCCCAUGCAUUACUGCUACUGUUUGAACAAUGUGACAAAUGACUUGGCAGAUUUUACAGCUUUACUUGUUGAUAUUAUUGGAAAUUCCACCAGUUAUCUCACAGAAAUUUUCAAAUCCACUUCUAUUCUCUCAGUGCGUCAGAGCAAUGAUUCAGAUUGUAUCUACAUCUGUGUGAUGACAGGGCAGACAGGGAGAAAUCUGUCUGACUUUUGGGAAAUGCUGGAGAAGUCUCCUGUUGUUAAUUACACAUUUUCAAGUAACUCAUCUUCUGACCUGGAUAUAGAUUCCAUUUUUUCAAGUUUCAUGAAAUUGCAGGAAGACCCAAACAAAACAGUGGAUCCAUCACCAGAACACGUGUGGACAUUUAAAACUACCAGAAUCCCUCUUGCCCUGAAAGGAGAGGAAAUGCCCACCAUGCGGUUUCCACCGUGGCCAAAGACAGUUGGACUGAAAGGAUCGGGGUUUCCAUCACCACACCUGGAUGCUUCCAGACCACAAGGCACCACCGGACCUCCUCCGACUGCUGGGGGGAGCUUGGUCUCAUUGCCAGCCCUGCAGCCCAGCCCCACUGACACGUACGCAUUUUGGAUGCAGACGGAGUCUCCUCUAGAAACCAGCAAACUGAUGCAAACAGAGCCAGAUUUACCUCCCUCAGUUCUGUCUACGCCACCCUUCAGGCCUGGUGUGACACUGAAACUUUACUCAGCUACCAGGUGUCCACAGGCGAUCCUGAAGGAGUCCCGUGUGACCUCGCCUCCUGUCACUCUUAUCGUCCAAAAGAUCAGUCCCUGUGUCAUGGAGCUGUGUCGGUUUUUUCAGCUGUGCCUCUGUGUUGGUCAGAGAAGAUAUUCCAGAAAGGAAGCAAUGAGGUACUGCGUUGAAUACUAUUCUUGGUUCUUGAAAAAUGCAAGCUAUGUCUGUGAAAGAGUCAAAAGACUUGCUUACUCCCACACAUUAAAACAAAAAUGCCUUAAAAACAUCUGUAUGUUGGUCUAG